AUGCCGUUGAGAACAUUGAAUCGUGAGAAGAUAAUUCUACGACGGCGCAUCAUCGCAGAGUUUUGUGAACAUGCAGAAAUCUACGAGGGACGGCUUCAGGGUGCGCCGAUCGCAUGCAAGCUGAUUGACGGCGAGGAAUUGGAAAUUGCGGGAUAUGAGCGAUUGAAAAACGAGGUUAAUAUUUUGGAAGUCGAGUGGCUUCGCCGGCUGGUUCAUCCCUACAUCCUUCGCCUUCACUCUUCUACCGUUGCCGGCCCUUAUCUUUGUCUUACCACUGAUCUCGCCGAUAUGAGAGCAGCAACUAACGUCAUCAAGGACUAUUAUCCGUUGGGACUUCCCGAGCCGGCGUUGCGCAUCAUUUUGAAGCAACUAUUCAAGGCCCUCACCUACAUGCAUGCGCGCAAUGUUGUCCAUCGAGGCAUCCGUGCCUGCCACAUCUUGAUUGACUCGAAGUCUGGCGUCAAAUUGACCGGUUUCAGGCAUUCUGUUCACCUGAAGCAUACAGCGAAAAACAGGCCUGAUUACGAUGCUGUGACCCAUGCCUACGAUGCACAGUUGGAAAAUUGUCUUCUUUGGCUAGCGCCAGAGAUAAUAUCGCAGGACAUAGACGGCUACGGUCUUGCUUCGGAUAUUUAUUCCGUGGGAAUCACGCUGUGCGAAAUGGCAAAUGGAGCCGGGCCCUUUACGGAGAUGGACCCAUUCACAUUGCUGGCCGAAAAGACCGGAGGCACAGUUCCUUGUCUACUCGAUUCGAUCACCGGGGAGGCUUGUAACGUUGUGGAAAGGACGGCUCACUACAAUCGUACCUUCACGAAGGAUUUGCACUGGCUCGUAGCAUCAUGCGUGGCCCUCGACCCAGCCGACCGUCCAACUGCCCAGUAUUUUCUCGAAAAGUCCUCGCUGCGCAAAGCAAAAUCGAGGCAUUUACGUAAGGCGCUGGAGCGGGUGCAACUCGAGACGCAGAAGCCUGACGAGGACAUUGCCGACCACUUUGUGGACCUGACUGGUUGCGAAGAUUUGGAGUGGCUUGAGACGAAUGCCCAUGGAAACAAGAUGAUGAUCGAUGGGAAUCCGACU